AUGCAUGACGAGUUCAAGGUUCUUGAAGAUACGUUUGGUGGCAUCCCCCGCCAACAAGCCUCCAUUCAUCUCAAGGACAAUGGCAAUGCCAACGCCGCCAACGCCACCACGUUUGACUCAAUCAUUGCUGCUCUGAGCCCACUCUUCAAAGAAGAUGAAACAAGCCUGUGUGCCGCUCUCGACAACGACUUUACGGGCACCCUCGACUGCUCGGUGCUGGGUGCUGGCGAAACCAACAUCUACUGCGACUGCCAAGAGAUUGCUGCCUCCCCCAAUCAAAUUCGCCUCACCUGGUCCUACACCGACAAGGAAAGCGGCGCCUCUCAAGCCGUCAAUCUCACAGAGAAGGACUUUUGUGAGACGCCCACCGUUCCCGAUGUGCUCGCCAACAGCGCCUACCCCUCUUAUUUUCCCUACGAAUCAGCCAUCCUCACCUCGCCCGUCUUCCAGCAAGCCCAAGCCACUGCCUUGGCCGCCAACAAGCAAGGCGUCUCUCUUGGAACUCACUACGACACCUACGAAGAAGCCGCCAUCACUGCUUGCGAAAACGCCUUUGUCGCCUUCUCAGCCAACCUUCGCGACACCGACCAGCGCAUGGAUCUGAACAGCGCCGGCUUGAGCUGUGGCCUUCAAGCCGCACUGACUCUCGGCGUCAGCUAUUCCCUUGAAGAUAACAACGUGUUUGACGUCAGUGGCCUCCAGGCUGCCUAUGGCUACGCUCUUUCCACCAGCCCUCCAGACUUUAGCGGCACCGCCACCGCUUACGAAAGCGCUUCGGGUGACACAGCCAAUUCUGGUGACGCGGCCACUUCGGUCUUGAGCAACCUCCAGAACGUGGUCAAUGGUGCGCUGGUCAUUGGCUCCUCAACCGGCACGGCCAUGUCAAGUGCAUCCUUCUACUUUGUCAGCGCAGGCAACUACUUUGGCCAUGGCUACCAGGCCGUCGCCAAGUGCGUUGCUGAUUACACUCACGAUAACUAUGCCUCCAUCGUGACCAACAUCUACCCCGACACUCUGGCCGCCCAGCGAGCUGCCAUGAACGGUGCCGACUGGAGUGACCCUGGCCUGACUGCGAGUGGAGCCGCUUUUGAUGCCCUGCUGGGCGGCGGUGGUAAUCCCUAUUCUACGGCUUUCCAGCAGCAAGUGGGCUUUGUCUACGUCCAAACUGCAGCCCCUGCUGCUGUUGCGGCUGCUGAAUCAGACGCCGGCCUCAGCCUGGACAGCACCGCCCUGACUAACAUCACCACCGAGGCCUUGAAUAUGAUCGCCGCCGGUGCCGAUCUCACCGAUAGCGCCAACCAGAAUCAGCUUGCCACCUUCUACGUUGCGGCUGGUGGCAACGGUGCUGAUGCCGCUACCGCCGUGGGCCUUGUUCUGACAACGCUGUCCAGUCUCCAGACGGAGGCGCAGUCAACCACGUUGGCCGUCAUCACCGCCAAAGUGACCCAACUCAACGCGGGUACCCUGCUCAUGCCAGAAGAAGUGACCGUGUAUCAACAACUCCGCCCUCUUCCUCGUACCUGGGGCAUUGACCGAUUCCCCUGCACGCGCUCAACUGGCCUGGAUGCUUUCCGUGAGGGUGACUUUGACUACCCGCUGCGCAUGAAGAUGCUGGACCGAGUAUCCCGCUACAUGUACUACUGGUUCAACCGCCUCUCCGCUGAGGAGGCACGGGCACAGUGCUUGGACACAUCUCUCCUACAACCCGUCAAGGAUGCCAUCUACCUCCAGUCCUUCAAGUCCUCGACAGCGGGCGAUUUUAGCAACCAGUACCGUGUUGAGAACUACGAUGCCUUCACGGCGGCCGAGACAGCCUUUGUGACCGAGCUUGCAUCCUCAGGCGAUCAGACUGCCGCCGGCAUGGCCGCCGUCGGGGCCUACGUGCCUUUGGCCACGUUUUUCAACUCGAGCGAGCCCUUUGGCAGUGGCCAAGCCAUGGCUACGGCUGCUGGAACCACCGAGGGUGCAGCCUAUUUGUCUGUUCUCCCAACCGUCGCGGCGACUGCAGCCCUCACUGCCAACGAGCUCAACACGCAGUUCAUCUCGAGUGUGACCACUUUGUUCGGUUUUGGCUUCUGGCAUCGCCCGGCCUACGGCUCGCACCCGACCGCCACGAGCACCCUUACCGAUGCCGAGAUCCUCGAGCUGUACUCGGAGGCCAUUGUCAACUCUGAUAACAACGUGUCUGCCACCCAGUGCAUUGCUGGCAACACAGAUACGGUAUCUUUGGCUGGUGAGCCCAUCAACGCCUGCUUCAUGGCUUGGUCCACCUCUCCUGUCCCCUACAAAAUCACACUGGGUGACCUCAGCUACUUGACCAAUUCCAGCCUGGCCGCUGUCGGCGCUCAGCGCACCGUGGUUAACAACUACGAUCACCAGCAGCUGACCUUUACCAACAAUCUCAACACACGCCUCGGCUUUAACACGACCGAAGACGAGCGUAGCGACAUUGUGCUGGCCUUUGAAAAGAAGAUUGUUGAUGCCUUUCUGCCCAUGGCCAACAAGGACGAGGGGACAAUUUACCGCGAUGAUCCCAAGUAUGCCGACGAAAGCUUCUUCUUCAACACGUGGCGCUCCACGGAUGAUGUCGUCGAAGAGGCCAGCAAGCUGGAGACGGGCCUACUUGUGGGUGGCUACUUGGCCAUGCUUGCAUAUGUCUUUUUGCAGUUCACCAAUUUCCGCAACUCAAUCUACUCGCACGGUUGGAUCGCUGUCGGUAGCGUGAUUGUAAUUGCCUUUUCCACGGGUGCUGCCCUUGGUCUGACAGCCUGGUUUGGCAUCCCAUUCACCCCGAUCAGCAACAACGUCAUUCCUUUCAUUGCCCUGGGCAUCGGCAUUGAUGAUGCAUUUGUCGUGCUGCGCGCCUACACGCGUGAGGUUGCGCUGGGUGGCACUGUGCAAGAUGUUAUGGGUCGCACCAUGGCCGAUGCUGGACCCUCUGUCUUUUUCACCUCAGUCGUCAACGCCGUCGCCUUUGGCGUAGCGGCCAGUAUGCCCGUCCGCAUUGUGCAACUGUUUUGUCAGCAGAUGGUGGUCAGCGUUGUGGUCAACUUUCUCUUCCUGAUCUUCCUCUUUGUGCCCAUGAUCAUGCUGGAUGCCUCGCGUGUUCUGGCUGGCCGUCGCGAGAAUUGCUUCAAGUGCGGCGACGAAACUGCGACGAACAAGAGCGAGGACGUCUAUAGCCGCUUCUACGGCAACUAUUACGGCCCCGCCCUGGUCAAAACACCUGUGCGCAUCUUGAUUCUGGUUCUCUUUGCCGUCUUCUUUGGCCUGAUGGUUUGGCAGGGCUUUUUCGAGAAUGAGACGGGCUUGCGAACCUCUACGGUGGCUCCAGAUGGUACCUACCAGCACGAGUUUGCCGUGCUACUGGAGGAAAAUUUCCAGCUCUACUCGAGCAACAUGAUCACCACCUCAAGUCGCUUUGAGAGCGUGGAGAUGCAAACCACUUUGCUGGCCGCCACAGCAGCGCUGCAAACUUCACCGUGGGUGGAUAACGGUGCCCCCAUUUCUUCGACCUACUGGCUGCACCGUUUCCUGGGCUCAGUCAACGGCAACACGUCCGAUUUGACCCCUGUUCCAGAAAGCCAGUUUUACACUGAAUUCGCUGGCUGGCUGGGCGGUCUCGGCGUCACUUCAUUGCCCGACCUCAUUUGUCAAGAUGAGGACGGCGUGCACACGAGCUGCUUCGAUAUUGUUGGAACUGAAUCCGACCCCGACUUUCCCACCAUCACACUCUACUCUACCCGCGGAACAUUCUACCUCCAGAACCUCGAUUCUACCGACAACUUUCUGGAUGCAAUUGAGGACACGCGCGACCGCGUCGACGAGGUACUGGACGAGUACGAUGACUCGUCAGACCCCGAGUUUGAAACCUUUGUGAUCGGCUACCCCUACAUUUACUGGGAGCAGUACUUGACCAGUUUUGAGGAUCUCUUCACGGUUGUCGGUCUCUCUUUGGCCGGCAUCUUUGCGGCCACCUUUGUGCUGCAGUGCUCGCUUGUCACCUCCCUCCUUCUCUGCCUCACCAUUUUGGUUGUGGGCAUUGAGGUUCUUGGCUUCCUUCCCCUUCUCAACCUGGAGGUUAACGCCUUUAGCAGCACCAACGUUAUCCUCUCUCUGGGCAUGUCCAUCGAGUUUACAUCACACAUUGCGCACGAGUUUCUUGUGGAGCAGGGUGAAGAACGAACUGACCGCAUCGUCCGGGCGCUUCGCUUCAUGGGCCAACCCAUGCUGCAUGGUGCAGUCUCGUCCAUCUUGGCCGUGCUCUUCAUUGCUGGCUCGCAAACGCCGUUCCUGCGAAACUUUUAUUUCAAGAUGUUCGCCGUCAUCAUCCUGAUCGCGUUCCUCAACGGCACCGUGUUGCUUCCUGUCGUCUUGAGCUUUAUCGGCCCAUCGGCCAUGCCCCUUUCCGAGCAUCCCAAUACCUCCAACGGCACGGAGAUGCAAGAUCGGGCGGAGGAUGACGACAGCAAGACUGUUCGCUCCCAAUUGGAAAAGACGGCUGAUCGAACGUCAACUGUUUCUGUGGGUCGCGUUUAAAUCAAAUUUUAUUGUGAGGACGCGCUCGCUAAAGAGUUGCUCUCCUGCCUAAAAACAAUGCUUAACUUUUUUUGUGGGGUUUUUGCACAUGUUUCCUUGUGCAAGCUGCAUUCUGUUGCAUGUGCCUGCCUGCUUGGCAAGAUCCUGCAGUGUUUAUGGAAAUGCUGACUGGUGUGGACACCUCGUCUGUGACUGACUUGUUUCUGCCGUUGAUUGACAACAAAACCUGUCUGUUUGAUAUGUUCAAUUGAUUGAUAACGUUGA